AUGCCUGCCAAGAAAGCCAGCGCCUCCAAGGCCGCUUCCUCCCACGCUUCCUACAGAGAUAUGAUCAAGGAUGCCAUCAUCAAUCUCAAGGAACGCAAUGGAAGCAGUCGCCAGGCUCUUAAGAAAUAUGUUCAAGCCAACAAUAAUAUCAAUAUCACUUCCCAGAGCGCAUUCGAUACCCAAUUCAACCGUGCUGUCAAGACUGGUGUUGAGAAGGGCGAUUUCACUCAACCAAAGGGAGAGGCUACCCAUUUCCCGCCAAAACCCGCUGUCCCCCAGAAGGGAAAAAGCCAGGCAGCUUUAGAAAGCUGCCCCAGCAGUUGUCAACGCACCCAAGGUCACAGCGACGACCAAGUCUGGCCGCGUCACAAAAUCACCGCUAAGGCCACACCAAAAAAGAAGACCACCGGAACCAAGAAGGCCACAAAGAAGGCUACGCCGAAGAAAGCAGCAUAG